AUCAAAAACACAAAAAGCCCGAAAUCGAAACAUAUUAUUAGGGUUUCAUUGAGAACAACCAUAUAAAACCCUAAUUUUUCGUCCCUUAAUUGUUUUCUCUGAGCUCUCCAACGCCUUCAGCAUCUUUCCAACCAAAUCGCCUCCUCGAACUCUUAGGGAAAAAAAUGGCGAAUGUACCAGGAUCAUUGGUGUGGGAGAUAGUGAAGAAGAACAAUUGCUUUUUGGUAAAGGAGUUCGGUAAUGGUACUGCUAAGGUUCAAUUUAGCAAGGAAAGCAACAAUCUUUACAAUGUUCAUUCCUACAAGUAUUCUGGUCUUGCAAACGCCAAGACUGUAUCUGUCCACCCAGAAGGCAAAGACCUUGUUUUAACUACAACAAAGACCAGGAAGCAGAACAAACCCGCUAAUGUGCAACACAAGUCUGUCAUGAAGAAGGACUUUAGCAGGAUGGCCAAGGCUGUCAAGAACCAGGUUGCUGAUAACUACUAUAGACCUGACUUGAAGCAAGCCGCCCUUGCUAGGUUGAGCGUUGUGAGCAGAAGCCUUCAAGUUGCCAAUUCGGGUGUGAAGAAGAGAAACAGACAGUCAUCAAAAGUCCAUGGAAGGAAAUAAUUUAGAUGCUAAAAUUGUGUCAUACUCUUCAGUAGUAUUACCUGAAGUUAAAAUUUUAGCUUUUGCUGGUUUUGAAAAGUCUUUACUUUCAGUUGAUGAAUAGACUGGCAUUGUUUCUGUUUGUUCACAACACAGUUUUGUAUUUCCGGAAUGGGACUCGCGAGCAACACUCGUUAUAUUCAAGAUGGUGGUUUUCAGAUCCCUGCUUGGAUAUCGUUGAUCUUUCCCGAGUAUUUUUUCCUUUGCCGAGGAAUUAUGAAGACAAUUUACCGAGUA